AUGCAUGUAACAUCUAAAGGACUGCUCCGCCUACAACAGUUAUACCAAAGCUUGCAACCCGGGAAAGCGACAUUCCGCAUUUCAAAUGUAAAGCGCGUCGCCAAUGCCACAGAUGUGGUUAAAUUUCUUGGCGCACUAGAGAGGCUCGACCGUUGGAGCAACAAAUACGUUGUGCUCGACUCUUCUACACAACUAGCAAAAGAUGCACUAAUUUUGCACGUACGUGACGUUCAACUUGGCCGAAGGAAUUACCAUUACUUCUUAAGUGGUCUGGUGAUGGAUGAUCGCUGGGAGAAAGAGGUCACUGAAUUUGGAGCUAUUAACAUAACUGGAUUUCGUAUGUUAGAUUUUUCGAGAAAAAUAGUUCGGGACUUUAUUGAAGUAUGGCGCAAGGAUUUUAUUUCGGCAAAAGCGGCUUUGAUGUACGAUGCUGUACAAGUUCUUGUAGAUGCAAUUCUGCGUUUAGUGCGUAAGAAACCAGACAUAUUGCGGGGCCUUACACGACGCAAUGCUAAUCUUAAUUCUAACAAUACUUUGGAUUGCAAUCUUCAAGAAAAAUAUUCAGCUUAUGAGAUUGGCGACAGGAUUUUCAGGAUGAUAAAAAAGACGGAGUUAGAGGGAUUGACUGGUUUUCUCAAGUUUGAAGCUGGCCAUCGUCGCAAUUUUACGCUUCAACUAAUGGAAAUGACCAUUAGUGGUGAUAUGGUAAAGAUUGGAACUUGGUACGAUUACAAAGGGUUAGUUCCUAUCGUCGCAAAGCCAGCAAUCAAAAUUCCCGGGCACUACGAUCGAAACAAGACAUACAUUGUGUCGACCAUUGAAGAAGCGCCUUAUAUUAUGCGAUCCGACCCAGAGCUUAUGGCCAAUUACCCCUACCGGGGCUUUUGCGUCGAUCUCGCCGAAUUGCUGCUGGAAAAGAUGGAAAUGAAAUAUGAAUUGCGAUUGGUUAGAGAUGGUAAAUACGGCAACGAAAAUCCUAAAGUUAUUGGCGGCUGGGACGGCAUGAUCGGAGAACUUUUAAGGAAGGAAGCAGACCUGGUGAUUGCUCCGCUGACUGUCACUUUAGAACGGGAGGCUAUCGUUGACUUCAGCAAGCCAUUUUUGUCAUUUGAUGUUAAACCUGAAAAAAAGGAUGCUGCAGCCGUGAUAACUAUUUUCAGUUUUCUUCGUCCAUUAUCUAAGGAGAUAUGGAUUUGUUUAUUAUUCAGUAUUUUUGCUGUUAGCAUAGUACUAUUCUUAGUAUCGAGGUUCUCACCUCAAGAAUGGCGCGUGCUCUCUUUUACUGAUACUCAAACAUCCGAACACAACGAAGUAGCAACAACCAAGACAACAAUCGUGAAUGAAUUUAGCUUUUGGAAUUCGGUAUGGUUUUCAAUCGGUUCUUUUAUGCAACAAGGCAGUGACAUUAAUCCGAGAUCUGUAUCUGGACGUAUUGUUGGGUGCGUUUGGUGGUUUUUCACUUUUAUUGUGAUAUCAUCGUAUACGGCCAACCUUGCUUCAUAUUUAACUUUGAAGCGUAUAUCUGAACCAAUCCAAUAUUAUAGUAAAGUGACUGCAUGCCCCGAGGAUGCUAUAUCCGGUCAAUUUUUUGAAGUAACUCAGGAAAAUGCCGCAGAUGAACAAGGUUGGCUCUCUUUUGUAUUAGACCACUCAGCCGGUAACCCAGAAGUAAAAAUGAAUGAAAACACAUGUGAAAUGCUAGUCACAAUCACUAAAUCAGGAGUGAAAGACUUUGCAGUGGCAUUUCCAAAAGGGUCGAAAUUAAGGAAUGGAGUGAACUUAGCUUUGCAGUCCCUGAAAAAUGAAGGUGAAUUACAAAAAAUUCUUAGAAAAUGGUUUACCAAGUCAGAAUGCGAUGUAAGCGAACCGGGCAUCCACGGCACAGAACUUACUCUGAGCCAAGUGGCUGGGCUGUUUUAUGUAUUAAUGGCAGGUUUGGCUAUAGCGCUAGCUGUGGCUUUAAUUGAGUUCUUUCAACGUGGACGUGCUGAAGCCGCUCGAGCUAAUAUUCCACUAAAAGCUGCAUUUAAGGCUAAAGCAACUUUUUUCAACGCGCUCAGAAAUUAA